AUGAUCUGCGACUAUUACCUUGUCCGGAAGGGCUACCUGAUUGUUCGGGACCUCUACAGCAGCGAGAAGCGCUCCGCCUAUCAUUUCUAUCACGGCUUCUCCUGGCAAGCGUACGCCUCGUACCUCUCUGGCAUCUUAAUCAACAUUGUCGGAUUCGCCGGUGCGGUCGGCCGCGACGUCCCAGUGGGCGCUCAGUACAUCUACAACGUCAACUACAUCUCCGGCUUCAUCGUCUCCUUCGUAGUCUACUACACGCUCACCCGGUUCUUCCCUCCCGUCGCUAUAAGCGAGACCUGGAACGAAGUUGACACUGACAUCGACAAUAUCCAAACGGAGGGCCAGGACGUGGAUUCAGACGAUAUCCACACGACCGGGAAGCCCGUGGGGUUUGAUGCAUCCGAGAAUCCAGAUGAUUACAAGGGCGCAAAGUCGGGCUCUGCGGGCCUAUAG